CGCUGGGACCGCCCACGCGAGCCGUGAUUGGCCGUCCCCGUCUUGAGACGCUCUGCCCAGCCCCAAUGCCGAGCCUUGGGGAUGAAAGCCAAGCCCAAGACCUUCUCCCAAGGUCUUGAGAGCGUAAUUGUAUGUAACAAGAGUCUUGCCUCUCCUGAGGGAAGUCUCCGCCUCUUCUAUAACAUGCCCGGCACCUCAUCGACUUCGCAUGUCUCAAAGGGUCGUUUGAUGCCCGUCAACCAGUGACGUCGACUACCAAUUGCCGGCAAUGGAAUCCCAGCGUCCGCCGGUGUCAUGUUCGGCCAUUCCCCCCCAGCAGAGCCAACCGCUGCCCCAGCUAUCAACCAACGCAUCCCCCGACGAGUACAACUACGCAUACAACGAGAAAGAGCCAUACCAGCGACAACAGACCAUCCGCAUAGACCGUCAUAGCAAGUCGAGUUUUGGCCGUGGCCAUGAUUCCGUCAUCUCGCACCCGUUCUCGCCAAAGGCAUCCUCUGCGCCAAGCCCCUGCAGCAGCAUCUCCUCGAUCGGCCAACAACGAAACUCAACAGCCGAAAUCAGAUACUCUAGAUCAGAGAUAGAACGAGGAAGCAUACAAUAUCCACAACAAGCGCAUCUUGAUCCCGAGAAGCAUGGCUACGGUUCGUCGCAAGGCCGCCGAUCUCCAAACCGCGUCUCUGCCGCUGGACCAGACGCCGAUGCGAUUGUCUACGAUAAAGGCGCCUACCAUGAGAAAGGCCCAGAGGAGAAGGCAUGGCAGUUAUUGUUUUGGCUUUGCGGCCCCUGUGCUUUCCUCUCGGGCGCCAUCGCUCUCUGGACGAUCUUCGCUCUCUUGAUCUCGCUCGCACUAGCACCCUUACGCUUCUGCACCAAACGCCCGUCAUUAUCGGAACAAAUCACAGCCUUCCUUGCACCAGCGCUGAACCUGCAACUUCACCUGGUCUAUUCCCACGACUCAACGACCGGCUACAGUGCGCCUAUGCUCGUCGUCAUUCACCUGUUUUCACCAGUCGUCGCAUUCGGUGUCGCAAUUGCCGCAUGGACCGCUGCAGGAUUCUGGUUUUUCUCGUUGAUAUUAGGAGACCCUGGAGGUCACGACGGACACAACGACGGCAAAGAGAGCAUCGUCGGCGUACGGAACUGGUGGGAACGAUGGCUCUCGAGGGGACUGCGAGAGACGAAUGUUUGAAGAGGAGGCUAUUGCUACGACGACGAGUUUUUGUUUUUACCGUUCGCCCAGUGAUGGGACGAGCGAUGUUUAAGCGGCAUAUACCAUGGCGUACUUUUGU